AUGCCCUCCACGUACAAGAAGGAGAAGCCUUGGGACACCGACGACAUAGACAAAUGGAAAAUCGACGAGUUCAAGUCCACCGACAACCUAGGCGGCACCUUCGCCGAAGAAUCCUCCUUCGCCACCCUCUUCCCCAAAUACCGAGAAGUCUAUCUCCGCGAAUCAUGGCCCUACAUCACCCGAGCGCUCGAGAAGCACGGUAUAGCGUGCACGCUGGAUCUCGUCGAGGGAAGUAUGACCGUCAAGACGACGCGCAAGACGUUUGAUCCAGCCGCUAUCCUCAACGCAAGGGAUCUCAUCAGGCUGUUGGCGCGGAGUGUACCAGCUCAGCAGGCGGUCAAGAUACUGGACGACGGGGUUGCGGCCGACAUCAUCAAGAUUAGGAAUCUGGUGCGGAACAAGGAGCGGUUCGUCAAGAGGCGGCAGCGGAUCUUGGGCCCGAACGGAUCGACGCUCAAAGCGCUAGAACUGCUCACGGGGUGCUACAUACUAGUGCAAGGCAACACCGUGAGUGCCAUGGGGCCAUACAAGGGCCUCAAAGAAGUACGGAGGAUCAUCAACGACUGCAUGGCUAACGUCCACCCGAUAUACCACGUCAAGGAGCUCAUGAUCAAGCGCGAACUAGCCAAGGACCCCGAGCUGGUGAACGAGAGCUGGGAGCGGUUCCUGCCGAACUUCAAGAAGCGGAAUCUAAGUAAGAGGAGGAUGCCGCAUAAGGUUACGGACAAGAGUAAGAAGGUCUACACGCCGUUUCCGCCACCGCAGGAGAAGAGCAAGGUGGACCUGCAGAUCGAGAGCGGCGAGUACUUUCUGGGCAAGCAGGCGAGGGAGAGGAGGGAGAGGGAACAGAGGGAGGAGGCGAUGCGGGAGAAGAUGGCGGAGAAGAGGAAGGAGAGGCAGAAGGAGUUUGUGCCGCCGAAGGAGGAUGGUGUGGUGAGAGAGAAAAAGCGGAAGAGAAAGGAGGGUGAGGAUGGAGAGGAGAAGAAGAGGAAGAAGAAAAGUGAGGCCGAGGAGGUUGAGGCGUGA